AUGGUCACCUUGUUCCGCGCCGCUAUUCCCUCGCUCGAACGCCGCUCCUUUGCCGUCUGGGAUCCUUCCGCCGUUGACUACGAAUCAACCUCGGGUGCUCUCAUCGCUCAGAACUAUCCUGGAUUGUGGAAAGAUUUGGAAAGACUCAACGACCUAGUGUCAAUACUGCGCAAUACUUUGACGAUUGGAGAGAAGGCUCAGGAUCUGGCUGCCGAGUGCACCUUCGACCAAGAGAUAUUCAGACUGAUCAACUGUUGCGUGCGAGUCACGGCUAGAGGCUUUGAUGGCGAUGCUGGUACAGGCGACGAGGAAAAGUGGCAGUGGAUUGUCAAUGCCUACAAGAAGCUUCUUAUAACUUCUUUACAAUUUCUAAACAACUUGGUCGCUCGCAACGAACGAAGGAAGCUGAUGCUAUGGGUCGCCCUCUUCGACAACUCAACCGAAGGCAUUCUGGCUGAAGAUGCCGACGAUGCUACUGGAGGUCAACCUGCUCUCGGCGAGAUGCCCAAACCACCUGUCUCCACCGGUGACAUUCUGGUUGCGCUGGGCGAGACAAGCAAGGCUACUUACGACGCUGCACAAGACGCCUUGAAUGCGAAACGACUACUUGCGAAUAAGGAUCAAAUGAAACCGCCAUCGAGGCCUGUAUCUGGCUAUGUAUUGUUUGUCAGGCAACAUCAAGCAGAGACCAGAGAGGCUCUUGGCCCAACUGCCACUCCGGACAGCGUUGCAAAAGCUCUGGCUGCCAGAUGGAGUAUCUUGUCAGACAAAGAAAAGAUAACAUACAACAAGCAAUACGACGCACUUGCGCAACAGUACGAGAAGGAACUGGCCGCUUAUCAGGAUGCCCGUCGUCUCGCACAAGCCGAAAAGGACAAGUCUGAUAGAGCGCACGCAAAUCAGGUUGCUGCGCGUAUUGCACAUAUCGAGGAGCAACUUGGUGAUCGCAUGAAGCCCGAAGGUACAAAGGUCGUCCCGAUGGAACCCCCGGUUUAUAACGCAGAUGGAGCCAUCGCUUUUCCGGACGAGAAAACUUCUACAGGACCUAGACCGGUGGCAGAGGACGACUAUAAGAUGAUGUUCACAGCCUCGGCAGGAGCAAAGAUCCUCGAGAGUGGCAAAUCAGAACUCAUGAAAAGACUUGAAAGCUAUCCCGUUCCACCACCGCAACAAGCUCAAAUCGCAAGCCCGGCUUCACCCAUAGCUUCUCCAGCUUCACCAGUAUACGAGAACCGGACGGAUGAGGAUGACGUAGGCUUAGACGAAGAAAGCGAGGAGGAAGAAAGCGAAGAUGAGGACGAGUAUCCUGGAUCUAGCGAGGAUGGACGUGGCCUCUUGACCGAUGUCCCGCUAAUUCUGGGUCCGUCGGAAAUCGAAGUGUUACCCAUGAUCGUCAUGUCUGGAAUCGUCCCGCCUGCAAAAUCCACACAAGCUGGUACAUCGACCGAAGAGACUAAUGCCAUUGUCAAUAUGCAUACAGUCAGAUGUCAUUUACUACUGGCUCAAGACAAUGGUAAGAACUUGUUGAGAGAGCUCUUAAUAUUCGUUGCUGCUUGGGACCUGCGAGAGGAAGAGCUCUACUUCAAAUUCAUGGUCAAGAUCAUGGAAGCGAUUUUGGUAAAUGGCUUGAUGCCUUAUGCAUACCACGCCUUCCGAGACAAGUCCAGGUCCAAGGAUAUUAUCUCACCGGCCCAAGCAGUGAUUAUGAAGCUGCUCACAAAUAUCUUCAGAUCAAGAGCUGAGGCUUCCAAGACGAAUCCUCAACCCAGUGAUUCGUAUCCUCUCAGAGUCGACGUUCACAUCGUCAACUUUAUCUUUACCGAAUUCCGCCAGCAUAUCAUUCCGCAAACAUGUGCACUCAUCUUCUUGCAAGGCAAGAUUCAUCAAAACUUGGCCUCGCCCGAAGACUUCCCGCUAAAUCUGUGGGACAUGGAGCGUAUGUAUGAAGGCGUGUACCAGUAUCUUGAAUUCUUCGCCGUGCUCACCGAAGAGAGCAUUUGGAAGGAUGUGAUGGCACAGUGGGAAGUUGCGAGCGAGCUUGUGACGUUACUCAAGGAAUUGGAAGCUGCGAUCCCCAAACUUGGACCCGGAGGCACCUCACAUGGACCCAUUCCAAGACGCCCGGCUCCUCAUCAACAGAACCACAACUACCAAUCACCAGCUCAUAACUACCCACCUCCGCCGGCACCGCCCCAGAACCUCAAGCCCCUGCCUAUAAGUGUGGAACGACCAUUUGAUCUCUCCCCAGACUUGGCCAACACCCUUCCACCGCUUCCCGUCCCACCAACGGAGGCGAAUACUCAGCCCCCAAACAACACAAUUUUCGAAGCCGAGACGCCCUUGGCUUACCCAGAGGAUCCGCAAGAUGAGCCUUCGGACUUUGAGUGGCGCAAUCUUAAGAAGUUGACGGUACUCGUGCUUUCCUCGCUGAUCUGGAAGAACCGCAAAGUGCAGGAUCAGGUACGCGAAUAUGGGGGUCUGGAAGCGCUGGUCGGUUGCUGCCGCCACGAUGAACAUAACCCGUACAUCCGCGAACAUGCAAUCAUGUGCCUUCGCUUUGCAGUCGAGAACAACGAGGACAACCAAGCCGUGAUCAAAGACAUGGCUGGCAUGGCAGCAGCAGGCGAAACCCGCAUGCCCACCUACGCCGAGAUCCCACACGGCAAACUCACCCAUCCCGAUCAACUGAUCCCAUUCCAAGUCCCACCUGUGCCUCAAGAGGUGCUCGACACCAAUGGCUACGAAACAUUUAUGGACGGAAAAGGCCAAGUCGGACUUAGAAGGAAAGACAUCGGCCAGUUGUCCUCAGGACCUCAGAAGCCCAGACCUCACCCCAAGAUGACGGCAGAGAAGGCAGCAGAGCUCAUGCAGACCGCCUUGCGCGACCUUCCUCUUGGCGACAAGAUCUUGCUUGAUAAAGAGAAAAAGGAAGCACUUGCCAAGUUGGAUAGAGCAUUCUCUUAG